GUUUGGUCGAAAUUGGAUUUCAUUCGUAAUUUGACCGAGAAAGGUUUGUGUUUUAACGGAGAGUUAUAUCCGUUGUUGUAGUGAUAUUUAUUUUUUUAUAAAAUAAUAAAUAGUAGCAGAUAAAGUAACUUUUAUUAGUUCCUUAAGUCUGCAACUGUAAGAAAUAAAAUAUUAUCGUUUUCAGUACUUUGUACAUACACAAAUUUAUCGAUUUGUGAAAACAGACAUCGGAUUAAGAGACGAAUAGUACGCUACUGUUGCUAGUCAACAUGGCGGACGACGAGCAAUUCUCGCUGUGUUGGAAUAAUUUCAACAGCAAUUUAUCUGCUGGUUUUCAUGAGUCGCUAUGUCGUGGAGAUUUGGUUGACGUGACAUUGGCAGCGGAAGGGCAAUUCGUUAAAGCACAUCGUUUAGUUCUUUCGGUUUGUUCGCCCUAUUUUCGGAAAAUGUUCACACAAAUGCCGGCCAACCAACAUGCUUUCGUUUUUCUGAAGGAUGUAAGUCACACAGCACUGAAAGAUCUUAUACAAUUCAUGUAUUGUGGAGAAGUGAACGUUAAGCAAGAAGCUUUACCAGCGUUUAUUAGCACAGCAGAGGCUUUACAAAUAAAGGGGUUAACAGAUAGCGAUCCUCCACCAUCACAAUCGCCUGCUGAACCGUCUACACCUACGCCUCAAAUUCAACAAAUUUCCUCUCCGCGAGUACGCCAAAGAACGUCAACGUCACGUUCAUUUAAAAUAGAAUCUGUUGAAGACUCGGGAGAUGACAAACCGACCCAAAUUGUCAUACAAACUACUUCUGCUCCCCCAGCGCAAGUAGUUGCUCAAUCCCAAACUCAACAUCUGCAACAAACUCAAAAUCAAACACAUAUAGCACCUCAACAAAUUGUAAACACCACCACCACCGCUACUACCACCGUUGUCACGCAUAAAAGACCAGCGCGCAGUAUUGGAAGUGGGCCUCAUAUUAAACGCACCAAAAGUACAAUUGACCCCCUUGACACAACUGAUGUGUCGACUGGUACCCAGCAAAUAACUGUACAAACAGCUGUUGUGACGCCUGCCUCUGAUACAAAAACACAAGUACAGCAACAACAAAGCGAACCUGAAUAUAUAGACUUGCCAAUAGAAUUACCUACAAAGUCAGAGCCAGAUUACGCAGAAGAUGCUGGUGACGUGGAAGGAGGCGAAAAUGAGACAACUUAUGUUGAAGAUGAUUCUUAUGGAGAACUUCGUUAUGAUGAAAGCUACUUCACGGAAAAUGACGAUGCACCAACCGGUGCGACAACGGUACAAAGUGGAACUGGUUCAAGCGGUGGUGUGAAUGCAACUACAUCAAAAGCAUUGGUAAAACAACAGCAAUCAUCCUUUACCGACACAUCGUACGUGGACGUUGCGGACCAAGCGAAUAGCGACGCACAAGUAAAAAAGCCGUUAGCGCUACCAAAAAUUUUGGAUGGAAAAUUUUAUAAGGACGUUCAACCAAAUCGUAAGACCAUUGGGGGAAUUCAAGCAACAUGCACGACUUGUUUGGGUAUGAUAUCAGGAACUGCUAAGUCUACAGGCAACUUUCUUAGCCAUAUUAAGAGACGUCAUAAGGAUAUUCUAUCUAGUUGUCAAAUAUAUUGUCAAACAAAAACACAGAAUUUGACCACUACUAUUUCCAGUGGUUGUAGUGAAGGUUCAGAGAGUAUUAAAGCUGAACUAGGCGAAAGAGAAAAUCGUCAGUUAGCAUUAAAUGUACCGUUGUACACUGGUUUAUCAGCCCAAGCUCAAUUUCAAGCAUUUUUAUGUCAGAAAUCAUUGCCAGUUGUGUCUAAGAGCAUCGUGACAACAGCUGCUACAACUAUGCCAUAUGGCAAUAUAAAAGCAAACAUACCAAUAAGCGGAUGCUUCAUUAAUAAACAAUAGAAUAAUUAACAAUAUUCAUUCAUGCAAAUUGACCGUCAUGUACAUAUAAAUAAAAAUGUAUAGGAGUAAAAGGAGCAUCAAUGACAAAUUGCUAGGAAUUAAUUAAUUAUAGAAAAGAAUAAUUAUCGCGAAUGAAAUUUUUUCACUUUCUUUAAAAAUACUAAAUUGGAGUUUUUCAACUUUUUAAUGUAUUGUAUGAUUUUAGCCCGUGUCUUUUUUGUGCGAAUAUAUACACUCAAAUUUUUUAAACAGCAUAACAUAGGGUUUUGAUUAAGUAUAUAUACAUAUGCGCGAAAAAAACACGGCUAA